AUGCCUUCGAUUUCUUCUAUAAACCCCGAUGAAAAAACUGCAAUAAGAAAGGUUAUAAAAACCCCCAAAAAUCAAAUCAUCACCGCAACUGUUGUUCGACUUUAUGUUGCGCACCCUAAUCCAGAUGAGUGGACUUACAGCAACCUUAUGGGUGCCGUAGCCUUUGUCAAAGAUCAAGAAAAAAAUUCUUUUUUUUUUCGUUUAGUAGAUUUGAUGAAUGGUCACGGAAUUUUAUGGGAACAAGAAUUAUAUAAAGAUUUUCAAUACAACGAAGAACGCCCAUUCUUUCAUACCUUUUGCACUGAUGAUUACUAUGCUGCGUUCUCUUUUGCCAGUGAAACUGAAGCCAAAAACUUCUGCAAGAAAGUUAUAAAUAGGGAGAAACUCGCUGAUAAAGCUAAAAAAAACCAAAAAAAUUCUAAAAGUGGUGGAAUAUUUAGCAAUAACAAAAAAAAGAAUAAAAUAGACAAGGCGACGAUCAGUCAACCAUCUGAUUUUAGGCAUCUCGGACACAUAGGUUUUAAUCCUGAUACUGGAUAUGAUGUACAAAAUAUAGAUCCUUCAUGGAGAGGUCUGUUUGAGCAGCUGAGUGAAAUGGGUGUCAGUCAG